CUACAUCGUUCUUUUUCCAAAGUGAAGUCAUGGUCGCCUUUAUUUUCUCACAUUUUGUCAAAGAUGGCCGCGAGCAUGUAUAUACCCUCUUUCAAGCUUAAUGACGGUACCACGAUCCCGUCGAUCGGACUGGGGUGCUGGAUGGGAACACCUGGGGAAGGCGAGCGUGUUAAGGAGAUGUGCAAGAAGGCACUAGCAGUUGGAUGUCGUCACUUUGAUACGGUCCGUAGUCAUUAAAGCUCUUUUAAAGGCAGAGUCCUGACAUUGUGCUCAUCAUCCCAAGCUUCUGCGUAUACCAACGAAGAGAACGUAGGCCUUGCGAUCUCUGAAUCCGAAAUCCCCAGGGAACAAUUAUACAUUACCACCAAACUUUGGAAUGGCGAUCGUCGCCGUGUCUGCGAGGCAUUCGAAGAGUCACUCGUCAAAAUAGCUUGUGAAUACAUCGACUUGUAUCUCAUACACUGGCCAUAAGCAAUCAGCGAAAUAGGUGUCACUCUUCAACCCGGGGAUCAUCCGACCAUCAUCGGCACAUGGAAGGAGAUGGAGAAGCUAAUUGAUACAGGAAAAGUCAAACCGAUCGGUGUAUCUGACUCUUCUAUCAAGACUCUCAAUCAGUUGCUUCCCCGCUGCAAGAUCAUUCCCGCGACGAACCAAGUCGAAAUGCAUCCUUGUCUUCCUCAAACAGAGCUGAAAAUGUUCUGUGAGGAGCGUGGCAUCCUACUCACGGCGUAUUCCUCACUUGGUUUCGGAUCGAGCCCUAAUUUCGUCUGCUCAAUUGCUGAUGCUGCCUUAUCUAUAUUAGAACGUCCGCCUGCUCCGGGUGACACCAAUACCACGAUACCCAUUUUGGUGGCAGGUCCCGCUCUGCUCGCAGUCGCCGAUAAGCAUGGUGCGACCCCAGGACAGAUUGGGCAGUCCAGCGUUAUGAAAUUGGACGAGGCUGAUAUGAGAGCUCUGGAUACAUUGCAUGAGAGGCCGAGAAUGCAUCGCUCGCUACUGACAUAUCCUGGCAGCAACGGUUCUAUCUUGGGUUGGACGUAUGAACAGCUCGGAUAG